AUUAGAUCCAGGUAAACUCCUUUCUUAUGCCCUUUUGCCAUUUUCCUCAUUUAACCCCUUGCCUUGCAGUUAUCAAUCAGCCCAUUUAAUCAAGGACAUCGGAUAGACAGCAACAUUCACUACCUUGUAUAUAUAAGACCACUCCCAAGUCCCAACCACUGAACAUCAAACAACAAACGCAUCACACUGCAACCAUAAUGUUCUCUUGCACGAACUACUUCCAGCACUUCUGCAGCAAUGGCUUCCAAUUGGAAAGCAAAGGAUACAGUUUACAUGAUGACCUUUUGCCAUCACUUGGAGCAACCAUAAACCAUAGAAUCAAGCUCAGGAAGCACAUUGUUUCGCCAUAUGAUCCUCAUUACAGGCUAUGGGAGAUGUUUCUGAUGGUCCUGGUUCUCUACUCAGCUUGGAUCUGCCCAUUUGAGUUUGCAUUCCUACAUUACUUGCCAAGCACAAUGUUUCUUGUGGAUAACAUAGUCAAUAGCUUCUUUGCAAUUGACAUUGCACUCACCUUCUUUGUUGCUUUCGUCGACCAUAAAUCCUAUCUCCUUGUUGACGAACCAAAGAGAAUAGCAGUCAGGUACCUAUCCACAUGGUUCAUUUUUGAUGCAUGUUCAACAUUUCCGUUCCAAACAAUCAGCUUCUUCUUCAACAGACAUGGUAAUAGCCUUGGCUUCAAACUUCUAAGUAUCCUCAGACUAUGGCGUUUGCAUCGUGUCGGUUCCUUGUUUGCCAGACUUGAGAAGGAUAUUCGGUUCAAUUAUUUCUGGACACGGUGUGCAAAGCUUUUCUCUGUAACUCUAUUCGCAGUUCACUUUUCUGGAUGCUUUUACUAUAUGAUUGCCGAUCGAUACCCUGACCCAAAAAGAACCUGGAUAGGUGCAGUGAUACCAAACUUCAGGGAAGAUAAUCUGUGGAUCAGAUAUGUAACAGCAAUAUACUGGUCAAUUACAACACUAACGACUACAGGUUAUGGUGACUUGCAUGCUGAAAACACAAGAGAGAUGCUAUUUGAUAUUUUCUACAUGUUCUUCAAUCUGGGUUUGACAGCUUACCUCAUUGGAAACAUGACGAACCUUGUUGUCCAUGGGACCAGUCGCACAAAAACCUUUAGGGACACGUUUCAGGCUGCUUCCGAAUUUGUAUCAAGAAAUAAGCUACCAAGACAUGUAAAAGAACAAAUGUUAUCGCACAUAUGUUUAAAGUUCAAAACAGAGGAACUCAAACAGCAAGAGACUAUUGAAGGCUUGCCAAAGGCUAUUCGCUCAAGCAUAGCUGAGUGUCUGUUCUAUCCCAUUGUUGAAAAAGUAUACCUUUUUCAAGGGGCCUCCUUCAAUCUCAUUUUCCAGUUGGUGACAGAAAUGCAAGCUGACUAUUUUCCACCAAAGGAAGACGUGAUACUGCAGAAUGAAGCUCUAACAGAUCUAUAUAUAAUAGUAUCAGGAGCAGUGGAGAUGAGAGCAUAUGUGGAUGGAGUGGAAAAAGUUCAAGGGAGGCUUAUUGCAGGGGAAGUAUUUGGGGAGAUAGGAGUUCUAUGUCAUGUACCACAACCAUUCACCAUAAGAACCACUGAACUUGCACAAAUCCUCAGACUGCAAAGUGCUGUAUUUUUCAACAUUAUUCGAGAAAGCAGACAGGAAGCAACUAUUGUCAUGAGAAAUCUUUUCCAGAAGUUAAGGCUACAUGAAAAAUUAUACCCUGGGACACUGCAAAAAGAUCCAGGAGCGCUAAUGAAGGAAUGGCUUGCCACAGGACCUCUGAACACAAAUGGGGAGCAUGCACAAGGUGGAGAUGAUUAUCAAGUUUGGAAGCUACAUACACUAGAACAGAUGGAUGAUGGAAACCUACUAUACAAGGCAGAAAAGAAUACGGAUAUCAGCACAUUUAAUGAGCUUCCAAUUGGUCACACCAAUCCAAAAGAAAACUAUGCAGAUCAAAAGAAUAGGUUCCAUAAGGCUGGAUGGGAAGUACACAACGAAAUCACCAGCAUGUUCCUCGAACGAGAUGCAAGUAUAGGAAAAGUUGAUAGUACCAGGUGGACCCAAAAUGGUAUGAUUGAGAAACGUGAGAAAAAGGGUACAUCUGAGCCAUGA